AUGAAUGAGCACAACCUUGUGUUGCGGUUCCCCGUUUCAGACCGGCCAGAACAGUCCUUUCUCCUUGAGGUGAUUCCAACCGAAGGGUCCAAGAAUGCCCUGAACCUCAAGUUGGUGGGUACUGAAGGGAUCAAGCCCUAUGUAGUGAAAUUACGUCAUCAGCGUAUUCAAGAGUGGAAAGCCUCCGUUGGUCACUGCACCGAUGACGAGUGGGAGCAGAUCCUGAUCGCUACCUUGAUCGAGCCAUCGAGCCCUCAUGGCAAAGACAUCGAGGUCAAGGUGGAAUUAGUGGAGGGAAAGAAGCCAACUGCUAAUCUGAUCAUUCGCAAGAAUCUCUCUGGUAUCACCCAACGGCUCGGAUCUAUUGAACUCAAGGAAAAUGGAAAUGAAUUCGUAGAUCCCUUCCAAUGGUGCGUCAACGCAAUCGGUGAUCUUGCCAAAGUCGAUAAUGACUUGGCUGCCGCAACCGCGAAAGCAGCGGAAUUGGAGAAGACCACCAAUGAGCUCAAAGCACAAUUAGAAGACCUUCUUAAAGCCAAAGACGAUGACGAGCGCCAACUCCUCGAGAAGUUCCGCGAUCUGCUGAACGAGAAGAAACUGAAAAUACGGCAGCAGCAGCGACUACUAGCUUCAGCAGAGGUAGACCCGGAAAAGCUACAGAAUGUCGGCGCCAGUCAGAAUACUCUACGGAAAGCCAAGGCGUCACGAGAUAGUAAACGUAAAGCUGCUGAAGAGGAGCCGGAUGACGUCAGUGACGAUGACUCUGAUAAAAUGGAAGUCGAUGAACCGGUCAAAGUCAAAGACGAGUCGGAUCAAGACGUGGAAGAUCAUGACGAUCUAGAAGACCGUCAAACUACUGACGACGAGCUGGGUGAAGCAACUGCCAGUGAAACUGAUGACACAGAUGAAGAAGCACAGCCAGCUACUAGAACAAAGGCAAAGCAUCCCAUCAAAGCAGCCUCGACUGGUAGAGCGGGCAAGACCCCAGCAUCCAGGAGCACUAGGUCGACGAGAACACGCAGUGAGACACCGCCCUCGGACGCACAAGAUGAGGAUGAGGAUGAGGAUGUGGCACCGCCACCAUCGCGGGCUCUACCGGUCCAAGCUAGGAAGCAAUCCACUCUACAAGCCCAGGCAACAAACAAUGACGACACGGAAACAGAUGAUGAGCUAUGA